AAUUUUUUAUGGAUUCGAAUAAAAAGAAAGAAGGUACUGUGUUGAAGAGAAGCAACUUGGUCGUUGUAGAAUCAAGCGCGGGUAGAACCGGCUUCUCUGAUCGGCGAGAUGAUUUAGAUAGCCCCAUAUCACAACCUGAUGCCAAAAAAAGCAAAACCACAAACCGAUUCGAUACGCUUUUCGGAAGAGUGGAUGAAGAAACAGAAAAUUCUAAAAAACCAAAAAACAAGUCUUUGAAUUUUCUGAAGCCAUCCAAAUUAGAAUCAAAUGCGUCAAGUUUGUUUCUCUCAGUCCAGCAAAAUAAUAAUGAUGUGACCACAGUCGACCAGAAUUCUACAAACCCGUCCGAGAAGUUCCUUUCUCUAACAAGGUUAUCUACUGUUAGUAUAUCCAAAGCUUCUACAGUUGAUUCAGAAUCAGCUAAAAACGAAGAGAACGGAGAUGAGCUCUCAACCCUAUCAGGUAGCACUAGCGAAACAAAAGUGAAUGUAGGUGAAUCAACGACCAUAGGUAGUACAGAUAUCACGCUGAAGGAGAUCGACGCCUCAAAGUCUGGAAAACUGGGAACUACUGGUCAUGUUUUCGGAGGAUUCUCCACUACUUCAACGUUCACUUUUGGCCAAAAUCUUGAUAGCAGGGCCACAACAUUAUCCACAGAAAAUGAUUUGUCACAGAACAAGAAAGAUGAAGCUGAUAUUACUAGUAAAGCAUUUGGUGACUGUGUAAAGCCUCCGCCAAUGCUGUUUGGAGAAAAAAAUGGACACGUUGACUCUGAAAUCAGCUCGAAAAUCAUACCUCAAAGUCAUUGCAAAACCGGCGAAGAAAAUGAGCUUACCGUAUUUCAAAUGAGCGCUAAAUUGUUUCAAUAUGACUCAGAGGUGAAAAAUUGGAAGGAAAGAGGUCAAGGUAUCUUGAAAGUGAACGAGGAAUCGAAGGACAAAGAUAGCAAUGUACCGGCUUCUGUCAGAGUCGUGAUGCGUACUAAUGCUACAUUUCAACUGAUCUUAAACUGCAAAUUGUUUGCCGGUCAAAUAAUUGAAAAAGCAUCUGAGAAGGCUAUCAAGCUGAGCUCGCUGACCGAAAAUCAGAGUGGGAUGACUCUUUAUACAAUCAAAGGCAAUCCUCAGAGUAUCGACAGCUUAUAUAGUCUAUUGCAUAUGCGAGCUGCUCUACAAAAAGACAAAGGUUGUUCACAAAACGAUAACGGAGAUUUCAAGAACGAAAUUAAAUAAUUUAUAAUUCACCCUUUGCUUCAGUCUGAAAACAGAGUUGUAUCUGUAUUUAAGUUUUCAGGUUGGCUACAUCUGUAAUAGAUUGUUACCAAGUUAGCGUAAUUUAAAUGACUUCUGUGGUCGUUUUUCUGCCGUUGAAAUUUUUUAAAACAAGUUUUCUCGAAACACGCUUUUUUUGUAAACUUGAUUAUGCCAUUAUGCCUGCGAUUAGCAAGUGUCAUCAAACCGGAACAUGUACUCUUAUAUUUAGAGCAACAGAAUCAGUUGUUUACUUUAUUUAUAAUUAAAUUUCAAUUAUUAAAUUACAGAAGGGACCCUUCCGUUUAGUUUAGGUCAAUGCACAAGCUGGAUAGGGCCAUACCAGCGUUAUACAAAUGCAAAUAUUUAUAUAUCAGCAAACUGUAUCAUUUUAUCAUUGAAGCCAUAUAUCACCAUUAAAUGCAUUGUCGUAAUAUUAAUUUAUCUCAGCCGUCCUCCCUCUACAAUAG